AUGUCAUGGAGACUUGUCCGAAUUCGUGAUAAAGUACCGGUUUCAGAUGUCGGAGGGACGAUGGAGGCCUCUAAUAGUCUGCGGAUGACCCAGCGGCCAGCGGAUACUCAACUGUUGACAGAGGGGUCUUUUCAAUACAACUCAUUCAUUCUUCUGGGAAUUUGGGGCUCUCCUGAAACUCUGGAGCCGCAGCGCGCGGCGAUCGCGGCGCCAUUCCGAGUGGCACCAGAUACGAGUAUGAUGUCCUCCUUGAAAUCUUCAAGGGUGAACGAUCGAACGAAGACUGACUACACCAAAGUAACAUUUAGAGAAACUACUACCUUGGAUAGUGAACUGUAUGCUCUUGAGCCUCUGAGUGUAUCUCUGUACAAACGGUAUUGUCAUCGUCGACAAAUUCGUCUAUUCGGUCUCAAAUCAUGA